UAGUUACUUUCUAUUUCUGUGAAUAUUUAUUGGGAACCGUUCUUUACCUCGUGUAUUCAGAUGCAGUACAGCCGGAUACCGAGCCACCCGUGGAAAUAUGGUUCGAAGCCGGGCAUGGCAUUGGCCUCCCCACAGUCAGCACCGAUCCUGGCCCAAGGCCAACACCAUCCGGCUGGUGGUAAAGGCGGUCUCUUCAAUAUGCAGUAGUUUCCGUUGCCCAAUUCGCUACCCCCCCAAACCAUAAUGAAGCGUGGCGAGCCAUUUCCAUCAUCAAUCCUAAAAUACAUGAGGACGUACAUGCAACGAUUUGGCUUUUCCUACCUCCUCUUUGACAUCUACAGCCGGAUCCGGAGCUCAACAACAACAACAGCAGGCUUCACACAACAGCCUCAACCUGCCGUCAACUCCGACCUACAACACAACUCCUCCGAAUGUAAUGCUACUCCUGAACUGAGCGGACCUCCCGCCGGCAUGGGACCGAUGCAUCAUAAACCACCAACACAUCUCCGCCAUCCGCCGCCACGUUCACCAACACGGACCGCCGCAGAUGCCACAGAUGCAAAUGUCCCCGCACGAUCACCGCUGCGGACUAGAGAACCUCUAUGUUCUCUUAUCAUUUCAACACCCAGCAGCAUCUCCCGCACCAUCCGAGCCGCGGAAAUGAAGCAGAAGUCACCCAAUAUAAGCGGAAGUGCCGGAGCGGUUCAAACGCAAGAAUCGACGGAAUUUACGCCACCGACAGAACAACCCACGGCAUCCCCACAGGUAGCGCCCGCCGGUGGUGGAGGUUGCAAAUUUCCGGGCGCCCCAGCCCACAGUACGGUCCAGUUCACGGACGAAUCCCUGCCAAAUGGCGCCGUCGCGUCCUACUCGUGCGAGCGGGGCUUCGAGCUGCUCGGACCGGCCCGCCGGGUCUGUGACAACGGCCAGUGGAUCCCCGAGGGGAUUCCCUUCUGCGUGCUGAACGUGGCCGCCGGGAAGGCCCCGAUGCAGAUCUCGACCGACGCGGCCGGCAUCCCCCAGAAGGCCAUCGACGGGUCGACGUCGGCCUUCUUUCCCGAGACGUGCUCCCUCACGAAGCCGGAACGGGUUCCGUGGUGGUACGUGAACCUGCUCGAGCCGUACAUGGUGCAGCUGGUGCGGCUGGACUUUGGCAAGUCGUGCUGCGGCAACGGAAAACCCGCGACGAUCGUGGUCCGCGUCGGCAACAACCGACCCGACCUGGGAACCAACCCGAUCUGUAACCGCUUCACCGGAACCCUGGAGGAAGGACAGCCCCUGUUCCUGCCGUGCAACCCGCCGAUGCCGGGAGCGUUCGUGUCUGUCCACCUGGAAACCAGCGCGCCCAGCCAGCUGUCAAUUUGCGAAGCGUUCGUCUACACCGACCAGGCUCUGCCGAUCGAGCGUUGUCCGGCCUUCCGGGACAUGCCCCCAGGUGCUUCGGCUUCCUACAACGGAAAGUGCUACAUCUUCUACAGCCGCCAGCCGGCGACGCUUCGCGAUGCGUUAGCGUUCUGUCGUUCGCGCGGAGGAACCCUGAUCAACGAGAGCAAUCCGGCGCUGCAGGGCUUCAUCAGCUGGGAGCUGUGGCGUCGGCAUCGUAGCGACACCUCGUCGCAGUACUGGAUGGGAGCGGUGCGUGACACCCAGGACCGUAACACGUGGAAGUGGAUCGGAGGUGACGAGGUGGCGGUUUCGUUCUGGAACCUGCCCGGAGGGGACGAGGACUGCGCCCGGUACGACGGCUCGAAGGGAUGGCUGUGGAGCGACACCAACUGCAACACGCAGCUCAACUUUAUCUGCCAGCAUCAACCAAAGGCGUGCGGCCGUCCGGAACAACCGCCCAACUCGACGAUGGUGGCGCCCAAGGGCUUCGACGUCGGUGCCGUCGUGGAGUACAACUGUGACGAAGGACAUCUGCUGGUGGGACCACCGCAGCGAACCUGCCUGGAGACCGGCUUCUACAACGAGUUCCCGCCCGUUUGUAAAUACAUCGAGUGCGGACUGCCGGCUUCGAUCCCGAAUGGAUUCUACGACCUGGUGAACGGCUCGGUGGGUUACCUGAGUUCGGUGCACUACAAGUGUGCCGAGGGUUACGAAAUGGUUGGUCGAGCUCUGCUGACGUGCGAUAUUGACGAACGGUGGAACGGACCUCCACCGCGGUGCGAGCUGAUCGACUGUGAACCACUGCCGACGCUGUUCCCGAACGGAGCGAUCGUGGCGCAGAAUGGAACCGUUUUCGGAGCGAAGGCCGAAGUGGUGUGCAAUGCUGGGUUCAUUCCGGACGGAUCCGAGACGGAGAUUUUCUGUACCGCUACUGGACAGUGGAGCAAUGUGCUGGCGAAAUGUGUUGAAGACCCGGCCGCAAGGGUUCCGUCUACAACGACGGCUGCUCCCACGACUAGACCAUCGUCGAUCAUGAUCGUAUCAACGACUCCGGUACCUGCUACGCAGUACACCCAGAAGCGUCCGCAAUCGCGACGACCUCCGACUCGACCACAGACUACCCGCUUAACGACCAGCAGUUCGACGACUCAGUCUCCGCUUUUCAGCAUCGAGAUCGACGACGAAGUACGACCCGGGUUGGUCCGAGAAGAUGUACCUCCUCCGCCAAGGAAACCGUACCGCCCGGGACAGAACACGAUCGCAAAGAUCCCGUCCGUCCAGCAAGUGCCCCCGAACCGGGUGAAGCCACCGGCGUAUUACGAACCACCAACUCAAACUACCACUACCACUAGCACAACCACAACCACCACUACACAAACACCACCACAGACACGACCAACCACGACAAGCACACGGAAAACGACGACCUCGCGCUCUCCCCAGGACAUCAUCCUGUCGCAGCACCCCCAGGACAACGAAAUCGCCGGCUCGGUCAACAUCCGGCAGGACCAGUCACCCAAGGUGAACGUACCGUUUGCCGUCGACAACUCGGACAGCGAUGGAACCAACGGCGGCGGCAUCUACGGAGGCAUCGGAGGCAACUCCAACCUUGGCUCCGGUUCCGGCGAACGGAAGGAAUCCAAGAACGCCCGCCUCAACCUCGGAGCCAUCGUAGCGCUCGGAGCGUUCGGUGGUUUCGUGUUCCUAGCUGCGGUCAUUACCACUAUCGUGAUUGUAGUGCGAAGAAACCGCACCGCGAACCAGCACUACCGGCACCGGGCCUCCCCGGACUGCAACACGGUCGCGUCCUUCUCGAGCUCCAGCUCGGAGUCGCGGAACGGGCUCAACCGGUACUACCGGCAGGCGUGGGAAAAUCUGCACGAGUCCGCCUCCAAGGGGCACAACAACAACAGUGGCCACAGCAGCGGGCACAGUGCCGCCGCCCUGAAGCGCAAGGAAACGAUGGACGCACCGCCGCCGAGCCGGUCGCGCUCGCGGGAAAACCUCGGCGGUAACCGGUCGCGCGAUCUGGACAGAUUUUUUAUCGACAGAUCCCGGGAGAACUUGGCAGCGAACCGUGGCAGCCGGGACUACCCGCGGGACAGCAUGGCCGUGCGGGACGGUUCCGAGAUGGUCGUGUCGGACGUCUGCGUCAAGGGCGAGAAGAAGCGGCACCACCACCAUCACCACAAGAGCAGCCACCGGGGUGGCGCCACCGGCAACAACGAGAAUGACCCCCGGGGAGACCACCACCGACGGGAGGGACGCGGCGACCAUCACGAGCGGAGCCGCAGUGGACGUCGGGACAGCGGAAGUGACUUCCGGGAGCCGAACAUCAUGGGCAGCGGCGGAAAUGGGGGACGCCGUGGCGGCGACCACCGUCACUAUUGACCCCGUCGAAUGGUAAUCACUAUCAAAAUCGAAGGACAAAAGGACGGUUCCGGUCCGCCGCGGGUUCUGCUGAGCCCGCUGUGGGAGUGAACGGAGCUUUAUGAGAAGAAAAAAAAAAAAAAACAAUCUUACUUCCUAUCCCAACCUAAACCAAGCAAAAUCCAAACAUUCCAUACCCUUUUGAGCUAUCACCUUUUCCUCCUUCCUUCUUGUACGUAUUUAUUUAUUAUUCUUUAACUUCACUAGCCUGUAAGAGACACUUCCUUCUGCCUCACUUGCAGCGAAACAAAAAAAAAAUGAAAAAAAAACUAAUUUAACCCAAGAGAGCGAAACCACACUAGAUUUAGGGAUAUUUUGAUAGUCAAGACACGAACUUUCUCAUCUCACCCCCACCCUUCUUUCAUAACAAGACAUUCAUUGACGCAAACCCUUUUCGACCAGCGUUUGACAGAUCGCAUUGUAAGCACUGAAAGAAAUUUUCGUCUUACAUUUUGAUUGUGAUUCACCAUUGUGAUCGACUUUCUUUCAGACACCAAUCUUCCCAAACCUCAAUCUAUCUUAACCUUCAAUUUUCAUUUGAGAUCGAUCUUGACCGCGUCUAACCUAAAAACAAAAAAAACCAUGUGACGUUUAGACACGGUCGACAUUGAGCUUAAUCACACCAACUUUGCGUUUCAAAGCAACCAUUUCAACCCUCAUGCCCUCACCCUAACUGUAUAUUCGUUAUAAGUCGUUAAUUUAUUACCACAACCGUUUGUUUAUUUUUUCCCCAAUCUUCCCCAUCCACUCGGUUUCCUUAUUAAAGUUAUAUUUUGUUUUUGUUAUCGUAUGAUUUUGUUAGACAAAAGCAAACAAAGUGUUACGUUUCACUUCUCUCAAAGAGUGUGUGUAAAAAAACGAAAAGUUUAAAUAGAAAAGGUAAACAAAGAUUAGAAGACAAGAGACGAUGGAAACAAAAAGGAUAGAAAAACAAGAAAUGAAACCGUAGUUGCAAUAUAAUGUACUAGUGAACGUCAAAGUUAGGAGAAAAAACGAAAUCAAUUUUUUAAGCUAGUUACGCUGUGUUUUGAUAAAGGACAUUCACGCACACAAUCCCAAAACUGACAGAUUAAGGUAGGAAUAGUGCCAUUACAAAGGCAACCGCAACCUUCUCCCUCUUUCCAAGUCACAGUUACAAACACACAAACUUAAGCUCAGACAACAAACACAAAAUGCACGCACACACCAAAAAUAACGCAAAUUUUCCCAGCUCAAACCAGAACACAAACCAAGCAAUUGUUUAUAGAGAAUGUGUUUCCUUAUUGUGUUAGAAAUAUGGUAUAAUUAGUAGAGACAAUUUUGCAUUUCAACCAGACAUAAACUGUUAAUCAAUGUUGGUUUGUGUUUGCGAUAACAAAACAAACACAAACAACAAGCGCGCUCAAGUACGUUGUGAAUUUUUUGCAAGUAAAUUUAUACGACACGUUAUAAUCGUUAUGCAACUAACACAAGAAUAUUUUUUUCGCUGUUAGUGGUAAUUAGGUUAAUAAAACAAAAAAUACGACAGCUACACAAGAGUUACUAAACAAACCCGUUUGCUUCGAGUAUUUGACGAGGCAAAGUUUGAAAAAAUGGUACUUAUAUGGAGAUAACAAAUAACUAAGCUGUUUGCCCCUCCCCCCAUAGAAUGGGUGCAAGGAACUUUCUUCUCCUUCUCCGCGAGACAAGCGCGAGAGUGAGAGGGGAAAUCGUUGAAAAUGUUGUAAAUAGUAAUCGUAUUUAAUAAAAGUAAUGAUAAUAAAGAA